UGUUACUGCUGGGUGUUUCAGAGCAGAAAAAUGCAGAGGAGUGAAGAGGACACGCCCUCAACUCGAAUCAACUGCAACAAGUUUGGAGAGGAAAGAGUACUGAUUCUGGCAGGGGGUGGGUGAGACUGGGUUUGGCUGAGCGAGCACGCAGUGACUUCUUCCCCGCAGUCGACCCUCGGCUCCAAACUCUGAAACAUGUCGUCGCAGCAGCACAAGAAAAAAUCUUCCAGAAAGGGAGGGUCAAAGACUGAUCCGGCAAAAUCGAAGCAAGGAGUCGGCAUGAGUACUCGAGCAUCAGAGGAAAAAUCAAAACCCAGUGAACCUGGUAAGGUGGAAGCUGCUAAACCAAUGAGCUCAACGAGUAAGUCAUCAGUAAAACCAGGAGCAGCAGCAACGCAAAAGUCUGCAGACUCAUGCAAGUCCAAGACGAAAUCUGGAUCUUCGGUCUUACCUGGUGCGGCUGGUGGGGUGAAGCAGCAACAACCACAAUCCACAGCUACUAGUCAGAGCAAAAUGGGUCAGCUGUUCGGCAAAACAUCGAAUGUGGACGCAAAGGAAAAUCAAGACAGAACACAGCCAGAAAAAUUGACAGGCACUUCUCUUCACAAAAACAAUGACUCAAAGAUUCAGGAUGGCAAACCAAUGUUGAGUGCCAUGGAACAACUCAUGGAGCCGUUUCCAUCACAAGGGCCAGAUGCUCCAAUUCCUAAAUGCACUGGGCCUGCAGCGAAGGAUGAAGACCCAUUUGAUCUACUUGCGGGAACUCUGCCAUCGGAGGAACCUGACAAGUCAAUUCCAGAAUAUACUGGUCCAAAAGUGAAGGAAUCAGAUGCAACUAAGAAGAAAGGUGAACGAGUGGGAGAGCAUGAAGACACAAUACCGCCCGAUUACCGGUUUAAAGACCAGCCUGAUCCUAAGAAUAAAGACAAACCAGCAUCUUCCUCCACUGGUCCAGGAACUAAACUGAAGACAACAGAGAAGACCAUGGCAAAAGAUGAUGCUUUUGAGUCUCUGGCUGCAGACUUUGGCGAAAUCUCUGCUGAGCCACUUUCAAAAAGCUCAGCUGCAACUGCUCACUGUGCUCCACCACCUUCUGCAAUGAAGCAGGCACCCUUGCAAGCCUCAACAGCUGCCACUGUUUCUACAAGUCGAACAGUUGACAAGGAUAAAGAUGCAUUUGACCUGCUUGCUGACUCCCUUCCAUCAGAAGCACCAGACACAUCAGGCCCCAAGUACACUGGUCCUCCAGUGAAGGAAUCGGAUGUAAAUAAGCAGCACAUUGAUCGAAUGGGAGAUCGAGAUGACACAUUACCACCUGAAUACAGAUUUAAAGAGCAGCCUGCUCCAAAGGAUAAAGGCCCGUUGGCUUCCUCCACUGAUGCAGGAGCAAAACCAAAGAUUAUGACAGAGGGUGAUGUCCUUGAGUCUCUGUCAGCAGACUUUGGCCAGAGCUCUACAGCACCAAUUUCAAAAUGUUCUGCUGCAAUUUCCCAAUUUGUGGAGCCACCCUCUAUAAAGCAGCAGCCAUCGCUACAAGCUUCAAAAGCUGCCCCAGUUUCUUCAACUCAAACUGGCAUGAAGGCACCAGAUAAGGAUUCUCUUUCAAAGACACCUUUGCAAGCUUCAAAAGCUGCCCCAGUCUCUGCAAGUCUACCUGGUUCAAAGGCACCAGACAAGGAUUCUCUUUCAAAGGCACCUUUGCAAGCUUCAAAAGCUGCCCCAGUCUCUGCAAGUCUACCUGGUUCAAAGGACAAUGACGCAUUUGACUUGCUUGCACAAACUCUUCCAUCAGAAGCACCAGACGAUUCAGCACCCAAGUACACUGGUCCUCCAGUGAAGGAACGAGACUCAACUAAGAAGCUGAUUGACCGAAUGGGAGAUCGAGAUGAAACAAUACCACCCGAGUACAGAUUUAAGGAGCAGCCUGAUCCAAAGGGCAAAGGACAACUGCCUUCCUCUGCUGGUCCAGCUGUAAAGCCAAAGACUAUGACAGAUGCUGAUGUACUCGAUUCUCUGUCAGCCGACCUUGUCCCAAGCCUUCCAGCAACAAUUCCAAAAUGCUCAGCUGCAGUUUCACACUCUGCAGUGCCACCCUCUCUAAAGCAGCAGGCACCAGAUAAGGAUUCUCUUUCAAAGGCACCUUUGCAAGCUUCAAAAGCUGCCCCAGUCUCUGCAAGUCAACCUGAUCCUAAGCUACUGCUACAAGCUUCAAAAGCUGCCCCAGUUUCUACAAGUCAAACUAGCCAGAAGGCACCAGAUAAGGAUUCUCUUUCAAAGGCACCUUUGCAAGCUUCAAAAGCUGCCCCAGUCUCUGCAAGUCUACCUGGUCCAAAGGGUAAAGAUCCAUUUGACCUACUUGCAGAAACCCUUCCAUCUGAGGCACCUGAUGAUUCAGCUCCAAAAUACACUGGUCCGGAAGUGAAGGAAUCAGAUGCAACUAAGAAGAAGGGUGUACGAGUUGGAGAAAGGGAAGACACAAUACCACCUGAUUACAGAUUUAAAGAACAACCUGGUCCGAAGGAUAAACUGGCUCCGUCUGGUACUGGUACAGGAGCAAAACCAAAGACUAUGACAGAAGAUGACGUCAUGGAUUAUAUGUCAGCGGACAUUAUGCAGAGCUCUACAGCUCCAAUUUCAAAAUGCUCAGCUGCAACUAUUCACGCUACAGCGCCACCCUCCACGCAGAUAGAGGCGCCUCUUCAAGCCUCAAAAGCUGCCCCUGUUUCUGCAGGCCAAACUGGUGCAAAGUUAAGUGAAAAAGUUAAAGAUCCACUGGACCUUCUCGCAGAAACACUUCCAUCUGAAGCGCCAGAUGACUCCUCUCCCAAGUUCACUGGUCUUGCAGUAAAGGAAUCGGAUGUAACGAAGAAGAAGGGUGAACGAGUGGGAGAGCAUGAGAGCACAAUACCGCCUGAUUACCGAUUUAAAGAGCAGACCGAUCCCAAGGAUAAAGGCAAAUUAGCCCCUUCCUUCACUGAUCCCGGAGCAAAACCAAAGGUGAUGACUAAAGAUGAUAUGCUGGAUUCUCUGUCGGGAGACUUUGGCCUGAGCUCUGUCGCUCCUAUUUCAAAAUGCUCAGUUGCACCACCACAGUUUGCAACUCUUCCCUCCAAGCAGAAAGAGGCGAUGACUGACGAUGAUUUCUUCGGUUCUCUGUCGGGAGACUUUGUCUCGAGCUCUGACGCUCCUAUUUCAAAAUGCUCAGUUGCACCACCUCAGUUUGCAACACUUCCCUCCAACCAGAAAGAGGCUCCACUGAAAGCCUCUGCAGCUGCCUCAGUAUCAGCAAGUCAGACACAUGCUAAGGAUAAAGAUCCAUUUGACCUACUGGCAGCAACCCUUCCAUCUGAGGCACCUGACAAUUCUGCUCCCAAAUAUUCAGGCCCUGAAGUGAAGGUACAAACAAAAUUUGUAUGGAACUUUCAAUCUUCACGUUACAGGUGCACAACCUUUUAUCCGAAAGCCUUGGGACCAGACACUUUUCGUAAUUCAGAAUUUGUCGGUCUUCGGAAUGGAAAUUUUUUAGCGUAGAUUUUAAUGGCUGGC